AUGAUAAAAAAGCUAAGAGAUCCAAAAUAUCUUUGUGUUAUGAAGGAAGAAAGUUGGGAAGAAAUGCUUGCCGAAUUAACUGAAAAAUUGGAAGAAAACGAGGAUGUGGAAGAAGUAACGAAUGUGAUUCUUACAAGUAUUGAUAAAUGGGGAAAAGGAAUUCAUCAGGUUAACAAGAAGCUCGUUUCGAAGGAUAAAGAGGAGAUUAAAAAGCCUGUUGCUAAUGAUAAUGUUGAGGCUAAUAAAACAAAAGAAGGUAAAAAAUUGGAGCCAAUUUUCACUGCAAAUCCAGCUGAAUUGAAAGGAGAGAUUAUUAAUGUUAGACUAAAUAAAGCUGAAUUAUCUGGUAUUUUUUAUAAUGGUAUGGAUGGGACUCGUGCACGUGAUGAAUUUAUUCAGGUCGAAAAUGUUGUUCCUGAUUUCAAGGAUUUUCUGCCCGGAUUUCCUACCCGGAGAUAUUCAUUCGGAGGUAUUGUUCCUCAUAUCAGUGGUUUUAUACCUGGAGAUAUCAUUGUUUAUGUUAAUCGAGAGUGUAUGCUCGGCGCAACUUUGAAAAAUUAUCUUAAACGUGUGAAUUCUUUUUCUGAUAGUGCUAUUAUCAAUUUUCAACUGUGUCGUGGUUACGCAAUGCAAAAGAAAAAAAUUCAACUAAUUCGUGGUAAGGAUUAUAGCGGUUAUUUUUCAUUCAUCACUGGUGGUAGUCCAGCAUGGUGUUAUUUGUUAUUUGAUGAAGAUAAGAAAGAAGUUCUGCUCGAAAAAGUCAAGCCAGGCACAAUGGAUAUCAAAGAAUUCAAAGAAUAUGGCGAAGUUUUAUAUUCAGGAUUGGGCAAAGAUCCUCCACAAGACAUUAUUGACAAAUUGAUUGAGGAAUAUGGGAUUAAACAUGUAUAUACCCUUUCGCAAACCAUAGAAAACUUGUUUGAUCCAAUUAUAUCAAUUACUUUACAGAAAAUAAGAGUUGUUUUUUCAGAAACAUUGAAGAAUUUUGGCAUGUCUGGCAAUGCGUCAGUGACUAUCGGUCAGUAAAGUAUAUGCGAAGAUUGUGUGACACAAAGGGUAAUUUGGAGGGAUUAAGGAGCAUAUUUAAGUUUUGUGGGGAUUGAGCUGAUUUUGAGGAGAUAUCGAAGGAUUAAGGUGGAUAUGUAUCAGUUGAUUUUGUUGGAUUAAGGGUGUUAUAAGGCGUAUCAGAGAUUAGAGUGAUAUCAUAGCGUAUAUAUGGUACGAUUACAUUCACACGAUUAAAAGUAAGAGUGAUUAUAAGGUAUAUAGAGAAUUUGAACGUAUACAAGGAAUUUGGAUAGGGAUAGGGUCUCAUGGACUUGAACCUCAUACAUAGGGUUUGGACCUGGGGGUGCGCAAAAGAGAUAAUUUGAAAAAUGCAAUCUUUAUCCUCUAAUAUAACUCUUAAGCCCCACAAAUCCUCCGUUAUCUUCUUAAUUCUUACAUAUCCUUUACAUCUUUACAGUGGAAUAUUCGAAAAUUUAGUCCUCCCAGAUCUCAAUAUAUCUGACAAUGCUCUUAAUCCCACAAAUCCUCAAUAUC